AUGCAAAACAAUGCUCCCAUGUCGCCUGCUAGUGCAAAAACAAUUGAUUUGGAGUCUUCAUCGACAACGCUGGCUGAUGAUCGAGAUGAUAAAGAAGGGGGCCAGGAUACGCUGGUUCACUUGUCUGACUCUGAGGAAACGGCAGCGCAGAACCUCCAAGCAAGUGCCCAAGCGAGUUUCAAAGGCGACGACUCCAGGGAUAUAGGUAUAGUGGAAGGCAGUCUUGAACAAAUGUCACUUGACGAGGAUGAGUGGCCAAAAGAGGACUUGGAUGAGCCUUUAGACCCCCGCCAGGCUAUAGCGGAAGAUCCUGCGGUUGAACUCGUUGCGUCAAAGACAGCUAAAGGGAAAGCAAGAGUUGAACGCCCUAACAGGGGAAGUGUGCCUGCUGAUACGCCGGCCAUCAUCAUCCUCGAUUCCAUGGGGUAUGGCUUAAGUUCCCGGCCUGCAACAAUUAAAAAUCUUAAAGACUACUUGGCUGCGGAGGCCCUUAGUAAGAGAAAUCUAGAGAUUACAAGAGGCGAUAUCAAUGCUACUUAUGCAAAGGCUCCCAACCAGAAUAACUACUACGAUUGUGGGCCGUAUCUCCUUCAUUAUGUUGAGAGGUUCUUUGAGCAGCCCAAGGAAUUUGUCACCGCAUUUUUGGCUAGGGAGGAUGUGAAGCUAGAUAAAGAGCUUUGGCGAAAGGAUGAAAUUAAGGGGAUGCGAUCCAAGAUUUUCGAUGUGAUCGUGGGUUUGCGAGAACAAUUCGAAGAAUUUGAGCUUGCCAAAGCGACAGGAGAGGUAAAGGGAAAUGGCAUGAAGAGGGAUGACAACGAGGUGGAAGCUAUGACUAGGGCUAAAUUUAAGGAGACUGAGGUCUCUGUUCGUGAGGAAGAGGACACAGCUGUGGAAAUACAGGAUGGGGACUGCAUUAUGGAAGGAGGAGCUAUCCCAGACGGUCCGACGAACAUAUCAAAUUUGUCAUCACCAAGGUCAGUUAUGAACGCCUCGAGAUCCCCUGUUUCAAGGUCCCAGAAGAAGAGGGACGAGGGCUCUUCAAGGGCAGGAGAAGCUUUAGGUAUUCGGAGCAAGCCCGGAGUCAGCGGAGUGGCCUGA